GCUAUUCUAAAUAAAACCAUGACGCGCUUGGUUCCAUUCAAUAGAGGAAGAAUUCGUGAAGGUAUAAUAUAUAGUAAAACAUCAUCCAAAGAGUUGUCAGGAACACCACCAUUGUUGAGGAACGAUGCUGUUGAAGUUAAUUUUCAUUCUUGUAAUCCCAUUUGUGUUAGGAAUUAAUGUAUCAUUUCCGGCCAAACCCAAAGACAUUCUACCUUUACCCUUUGAACUGGAAGAAGGAGGAUAUAAAGUUUCAGUUACUUCUAAAGCUAAUGUCAAUAAUUCACAACCCUGGAUUUGGUUUGAUAUCCUUGAUGCAAAAGAACAGAAAUGCAAGAAUUCACAGAUUUCACUACAUGAAUUGGCUUGUCUAGCAACAUUUUUUUUGGCUGCACUUGUAGUGAGUUGCAGAAGUGUUAGCAAUGAGGAACAAGUUGAGGGUAGAACAGAUUCAUAACAUCAAAGAAGAAAGAUACCUCUAAACUGAUAAGAACCGUUAGAGACAGAUCCCUUUGUAUGUGUUUCUGUGAUUUCAAUUUCCAUUUGAAAACUAAUAUCUUUUGAAAAUAGAGUCAUUUACAUGUAUUCAUGCUGCCAAAUGUUUCGAGAAGAGGAAUAUAGUAUUUUCUGCAACAGUUUGUUUGUUUUUAGUUGAUUCCAUAUUUCUGGUUUGAUUGUUUGGUUAAAGUAGUUAACUGUGUUGGUGUGGUCACGAACAAACAAAAAAUCUUAUUGUGAAAGCACUCUGUACAGUAAACAUAUGUUUCACCGUUAUGUGUUUUUGUUAUAUUUAUAAAAUCAUAAUGCACAAUCAUAAUA